AUGAACGUAGAAGAGGAGAUUCAGAAACUCGAGGAAGAGAUCCAUCGUCUUGGUUCUCUCCAGCCUGAUGGCUCUUACAAGGUGACGUUUGGAGUGUUGUUCAACGACGAUCGAUGUGCAAACAUCUUCGAAGCAUUGGUUGGGACACUGAGAGCCGCCAAGAAGCGCAAAAUAGUGGCAUUUCCAGGAGAACUGUUGCUUCAAGGCGUUCACGACAAGGUUGAGAUCACUCUCCGACCACCACCACCGCAAGCUGCCGCUGCCGUUUCCUCCUAA